UCUGUUUUCUCACUCCGAGUCUUAUUGGUGGGGUCGGGUUUAUGACCAAGUCAGUGACAUAUUAAUGCACGGCCCUUUGUUUUCACGUUGCUCAGUGUUCAUCACCGCCGUCUCAGGAUGUUCAAGUUAGUGCUGCUGCUCCUGUCGCUGUCAGCCUUUGCAGGCCUCCAGGCUCGGCCACUUGCAGUCCCAAGAAGAUUGCAGAGGACAUAUUCAACUUACCAGCUCCCUCAUGGCUUUCGACAGGGCACCGAACACUACGACAUCCGUCGGACUGUUCCCGCCGGCUUCAGACAAGGUACUGAGCCUUCCAGGAGAAUAAUUGUUGACCUCAACACCGGCCGGAUGCAAGAACACAUCAGUGAGAUGGAAAGGAGAGUGGAUUUCGCCCGUACUACUCUGGGAAAUAGAGAGAUGGAGAGAAGACACUGGCUGACUGACGAGGUUGCUGUUGAUGUUCCAGCUGAGAAAAGUGGUGCUGGUUGGGUCCGGGUGGAGGAACUCUCUGCUCCUCGUCUUCCUGAGGGUUUCAGACAGGGAACCGAACCAGUUAUGUCUGCCUCAGAUGUGUUGUCUAGACAGGAAACUGAACCCAUCCACAUGGUCCCAGAUGGCUUUAGGCAGGAAACUGAACCCAUCCACAUGGUCCCAGAUGGCUUUAGGCAGGAAACUGAACCCAUCCACAUGGUCCCAGAUGGCUUUAGGCAGGAAACUGAACCCAUCCACAUGGUCCCAGACGGUUUUAGGCAGGGAACCGAACCAUCCUCUCGUAUCGCAGAGGGCUUUAGGCAGGGAACUGAACCCAUCCACAUGGUCCCAGACGGUUUUAGGCAGGGAACCGAACCAUCCUUUCGUAUCCCAGAGGGCUUUAGGCAGGGAACCGAACCAGUCUCUCGUAUCCCAGAGGGCUUCAGGCAGGGAACCGAACCAGCCUCUCGUAUCCCAGAGGGCUUCAGGCAGGGAACCGAACCAUCUGCCCGUAUCCCAGAGGGCUUCAGGCAGGGAACCGAACCAUCUGCCCGUAUCCCAGAGGGCUUCAGGCAGGGAACCGAACCAGCCUCUCGUAUCCCAGAGGGCUUCAGGCAGGGAACAGAACCAGCCUCUCGUAUCCCAGAGGGCUUCAGGCAGGGAACAGAACCAUCUGCCCGUAUCCCAGAGGGCUUUAGGCAGGGAACAGAACCAUCCAACAAUGGCCGCCGAACACAGACAGUGGCAUGUAAGGGGGAGGUCAUCAAUGGAAACUGCUAUGAGUUCAACCCGAGUCCACUGGCCUUCCAAGAGGCACAGGCCUUAUGCAGAGCUCUCGCCCCAAAUGCUGAGCUUGCUUCUGUAACCAGUGGUGAUCUGCAUUCCCGCCUGGUCUCCCUGGUGACUAAGGGGGGCAAGAACCACCCUGUGUUGACCUGGCUGGGAGGCACAGUCAAGAACCAGCAGGGAUCAUGGGUGGAUGGGUCAGAGUGGAGUUACAGUGACUGGAUGCCAGGUCACCCCAACAUUCACACAGAUAAGCCUGUCUGCGUAGAGAUGUUCAAGAUAGAUGAGAGCUGGUGGACGGCCAACGAUUGUGAGCUAAAGAGGGCGUCUAUCUGCUCGUACCCCAUCACUGCAUGAAAACCACAAAGACAUACAACAUCUUGAUUUGUCUUCCCCCGAACACACUUAACAAUCUCUCUCACAGACAUUGUUUUCCAUUGGUUUGGGCUACCAUCAUGCAUGUAUCCUUGAAUAAAACCUGGCAUGUUA